GGACCUUUACAGUACAAUGAUUUUAAAUAUGCUUGGUUCUCCUCAACAAGAUUUGUAUAAAGAAUGGAGUGCACAGAAAUGUGGGCCGUGUGAAAUAUAGUUAAUGAGCAAACUCGGAGCACUCAGUUAGUUUGCUGCAUGAUUUACCACGAACUUUAAGCACAGAGCAACAACCAGAAGUCCACCUGUGACUGUCAAUAUUCAUUGUUGGUGUUAAAGCAUAGGAAAAAACAUAUUUUCUUUUUUUGAGCCAUGGAAAUAUAUGUGGUGGCGGUCAGUUGUGCAUUUAUACAUUGUUAAAUUAUUGUAUCUGUUGAACUUGGACUCUGAGAAAGCGGCUGAUGGGCCGUUUGCCAUAGGAAGCCUCUGAUAUCUGUCCAAGAGCGUCUCGCAGGGGAUUGGUUCGCUCCGUCUCCCCGUCUGCUGGAGAGGAAGAGAUUAAUCACUGUCUCCUCUCUCUGGCUCUCCUGAGUGUCUGCGUGGCGUUCCCGUCUGAAGCGUGAACGAGCGGAGACGCAGAGCUGAUGUGAGGGGAAUCCAGAGUCUCUCUGACCUCCAACAACUUCAGACAAGCUUGUUUUAUAGAACUGAGAGAAUAUGUGGUGAUGAAGGAGAUUCCUACUUCAUGUGAAAGGGCUGGACAGAGACGAGCCCUUCCCUGAUCAGCACACAUGAACAAUGUACAGAGGGAGAGGAAAACGCUCAUAGAGAUUCGUCAUAACUCUUUAAUACAUUACUACGCCAUCUCUGUGUGUGAGGCUUACAGAUAGUUUGAGCGUUGAGAUUGCUUCUCAGAAUCUAGCAGAAUGACAGAAGCCCAGGAUGUGUUAAAAACCAUCCAGAGAAAACCCGGCCUGCAGAUCUGGACCAUCAGUAAAAUGAAAAUGGUCCCAGUCCCAGAGCAGGCAUAUGGAAAUUUCUUUGAAGGUGACUGCUACAUUAUUCUUAAUGUGAGCAACAGCACCACACAAUCUACUGACAUCCACUACUGGAUAGGCAACACAUCGUCCCAGGACGAGCAGGGAGCGGCAGCCAUCUAUGUGACCCAACUGGACAAGUAUCUCGGUGGCAGUCCGGUUCAAUACCGGGAGGUCCAGGGAUGUGAAUCGGCUAAAUUCAAAAGCUACUUCAAGAAUGGCCUCAUAUAUAAAAAAGGCGGUGCGGGAUCGGGAUUCACACAUGUGGAGACCAACAUGUUUAACAUUCAGCGCCUGCUCCACGUCAAAGGAACGAAGCAUGUGACUGCAAGAGAGGUAGAGGUUUCCUGGAGCAGUUUUAAUUUAGGGGACAUAUUCCUGCUGGACUUGGGAAAAGCAAUAAUUCAAUGGAAUGGUCCUCAAAGCAACAAACAAGAAAAAAUAAAGGCCGUUCUGCUGGCUCAGGACAUCAGGGACCGAGAGCGUGGAGGCCGGGCUCAGAUUGGUGUGAUCGAGGGUGGGCAGGAGGAAGCCUCUCCUGAGCUCAUGAAGAUCAUGAUAUCUGUUUUGGGUCACAGGACUGGACACCUGAAAGAGUCAAUCCCUGAUGACAAACCAGACCAAAACCAGACCUCCAUCGUCAAACUCUACCAUGUGUCUGAUGCCAGUGGUCAGCUAAUGGUACAGGAAGUGGCUACCAGUCCACUGACCCAAGAUUUGCUGAAAUCCUCGGAUUGCUAUAUUUUAGAUCAAGGUGGCAGCUCGAUAAUGGUCUGGAAAGGAAAGGGAGCAUCAGAUGAAGAGAGACGUUCGGCACUGGGUCGCGCGGUUGGCUUUAUUAAAGCAAAGAACUACCCGUCCAACACUAAAGUGGAGGUUAUGAGUGAAGGAGGAGAGUCUGCCAUGUUUAAACAUCUCUUCAAGUCCUGGAAAGAAAAAGGUCAAACUCAAGGACUGGGAAAGACCCACUCCGUCGGAAAGAUAGCUAAAGUGGAUCAGGUGAAGUUUGACGUCAUGGAGCUUCACGCUCAGCCAAAGCUGGCUGCUCAGGAGCGGAUGGUGGACGACGGCUCGGGACAUAUUCAGGUUUGGCGCAUUGAGAAUCUUGAACUGAAGGAGGUGAACCCAAGCACAUUUGGACAGUUUUAUGGAGGAGACUGUUACCUGGUACUGUACACCUACAACAGAGCCAACAAACCACAGUACAUCCUCUACAUGUGGCAGGGUCGCCAUGCUACACAGGAUGAGGUGACGGCAUGCGCUUAUCAGGCGGUGAAUUUGGAUAACAAAUACAAUGGAGCCCCAACACAGGUCAGGGUGGUCAUGGGAAAAGAGCCCAGACACUUCCUGGCCAUCUUUAAAGGCAGGCUCAUCAUUUUUGAGGGUGGGACAGGUAGACCAGGUGUUGUGAACCCUGAUCCUGGUGCCAGACUCUUCCAGGUCAGAGGGACACAUGAGAUGAACACCAAAGCAACAGAGGUGCCCGCCAGAGCCUCCUCUCUCAACAUCAAUGAUGUCUUUCUCCUCAAAACCCAUCAGAACAUCUUCCUGUGGUAUGGCAAGGGCUGCAGCGGAGACGAGAGGGAGAUGGGGAAAGCUGUAGCUGAUUUGCUUUCUGAGCAGGACAAGCAGAUUGUGAUGGAAGGACAGGAACCAGCUGCCUUCUGGGUGGCUUUGGGAGGGAAAGCUCCAUAUGCCAGUGACAAGAGGCUGGAGAAAGAAGUGGCACUUCACGAACCUCGUCUGUUUGAAUGCUCCAAUCAGACGGGCCGAUUCCUUAUGACAGAGGUGGCUGACUUCACUCAGGAUGACCUGGAUGAGGAUGAUGUCAUGCUUCUAGACACCUGGGAAGAGAUUUUCCUUUGGAUUGGGAACUCAGCCAACCAGUACGAGACUCAGGAGUCUUAUAGCAGUGCAGUGGAAUAUCUUAAAACCCACCCAGCCGGACGGGACCCUGGGACACCGAUCACCACUGUUAAACAAGGCCAUGAGCCGCCCACCUUCACCGGCUGGUUUAAUGCCUGGGAUGCUCAUAAGUGGAGCGGAGGCCUUUCAUACGAGGAGAUGAAAAGCAAGAUGGGUGAUAUUUCGCAAAUCACUGUGAAUCUCAACAACACAAACCUGAAUAAGAAAACAGGAGGAAGUGGAGCGAGCUACAGCGCUCCUGGAGGCCCAGGAAAUAUAAAGUCCCAUAGUCAGAGGAUGUCCUCCUCCAUCUCCAGUACAUAUGUAGAUCAGUCUCUCAGCAGAGCAAAGCCUUCUGGGAUGCUACAUUCUGAGCAGCUGCUGAAAUCACCUAAUCAGCUGCCUCAAGGAGUGGACCCUGGAAAACGAGAGGAAUAUCUGAGUGAUGCAGAAUUUGAGAAUCUCUUCGGCUGCACCCGUGAAAACUUCCAGCGGCUGCCUAAAUGGCGUCAGAACGACCUUAAAAAGAAAGCAGGACUGUUUUGAGUUGAUUUUGUUAUAAUGAGAUAUAGUCUAAUCUUCAGACCUGAUUAUUAUGUGUCUUUUGGGUUAGAAGGUAGUCACCUAUGCGAUGUUAUAGAGUUGUUUAAUUAUCAAAAAGCUAAUAUGACGUAAUACAAAUGCUUUGUAAAUAUCUUACAUAGAACAUCAAAAUAUACCAUCAAAAUGAUUAUAUCAGUCACAUAGAACAUGUCUACAUGCUUUUUAGUCCUAAUAAAAGACAAUGUAAGCCAAGAAAUGUUUCUGAGAUGUUUAAUUCAGUUUUAAUGCAUGUACAGUAAUCACUAUAGCAGUUCUUUUCUGUCAGGAGGACGUCAGAAACAGAUGUUGUUAUGGCUUCAUAUUGCUGGAGUAGACAGUAACAGCCUGUGUAACAAUGUUCCUUUAAGGCACAUUAGAUAAGUUAAGAA